UUAAGGAACUAUCUUGCAGAGGCAUACAUGGCUCUGUUCCUCCUAUACUCCCUUCUUUUUGUGAUCUUUAUCUUGGUCCUUUUUACUAUACUCCGUAGGCCGCAGCACCGCCUUCCUCUUCCUCCGGGCCCAAAACCAUGGCCGAUUGUAGGGAACCUUCCCCAAAUGGGUCCGAUGCCGCACCAGAAUCUGGCUGCCAUGGCCAAGGUCUACGGACCUCUCAUGCACCUCAAGAUGGGAUUCGUGGACGUGAUCGUUGCAGCAUCUGCCUCAGUGGCUGCGCAGUUUCUCAAAGUUCAUGAUGCCAAUUUCUCAAGCCGGCCUCCUAAUGCCGGAGCUAAAUAUGUUGCUUAUAAUUAUCAGGACCUCGUGUUCGCACCUUAUGGCCCGCGGUGGCGCAUGCUCCGUAAAAUCAGCUCCGUCCAUCUCUUCUCCGGCAAGGCCUUGGACGACUACAAACAUGUCCGGGAGGAGGAAAUAAAGGUGCUCGUCCGGGCUCUGGCGGAUGCUGGAACCAAGCCGGUGAACUUGGCGCAGUUGCUGAACGUAUGCACGGUAAAUGCUCUUGGGCGGGUGAUGCUAGGACAAAGGGUGUUCGGUGAUGGCACUGGUGGAGCUGAUCCCAAGGCGGACGAGUUCAAAUCGAUGGUGGUGGAGCUCAUGGUGUUGGCUGGAGAGAUGAACAUCGGAGACUUUAUUCCGGCGCUGGAGUGGCUCGAUUUGCAGGGAGUCGUGGCUAAAAUGAAGAAGCUCCACAAGAGGUUUGAUGCCUUCUUGACCACCAUUCUUGAGGAACACAAGGUCAAGGUUCGCCAUGGUGGGGGGCAGCACACAGACCUCUUGAGUACGUUAAUUUCACUGCAGGAGGAGGCCGAUGGCGACGGCGGAAAGCUCACAGAUACCGAAAUCAAAGCUCUGCUAUUGGGCGAAAAGUUGGAAGUUUAGGUGAUUAGGUAAUUAGGUGAGUAGGUGAUCAGGUGAUCAGGCGAUUCGUUGGAAGUUAUUAGAUGAGAUGAUUUCAUUCGGAUAAAUACUACGAGUGGUUAUUAUAUUUUCCUCCCACCGUAUAUGGGACAGGGUUCCCAUGGUAUUAAGUUAGAGUUUCCCUUUUAUUAUUCGUACAGUAAGAAAUUGUAAAUCAAAAAUCAUGGAAAGGAAUAAUUUUUUAUAUAAAAAAUUAUUUUAUUUGAUAAUUUAAUUAUAACUAUGACUGUUAAUUUAAAAAAAUGUUUAAAACCUCAAAAGUUUAUUAGUUAUGAUCGUAAGCCUUAAAUUAAUUUUUAAUUACUCAUUUAAAAAUUUUUAAUGUAACGUCGUUUAAAUUUUUUAAAUGAUUUUUAAAUUUAAAAAUGUGUGAUUAAAAAUUAAAAAAAUUA